GAGUUUCGAAAUAUGCCUCAGCUCCUGAGAAGUGUCCUCUGUGUGAUUGAGAUGUUCUACAAAUAUGCCAGGGAAGACGGUGACAGGAUGAUGUUGACUGGCAGAGAGCUGAAACGGCUCUUCCAGGAUGAGUUUGGGGACAUCCUUCAGCCACACAUCAUUCAAGCUGUGGAGAAAAACGUGAACCUUCUGGAUAUCAGCAGUGAUGAUGCCAUCAGUUUUGAUGAUUUUGUGCUUGCAAUCUGCAACUUGAUGAACUACUGUUAUCUUGACAUACAAUCAUCAUUAAAUUCAGAACCAAGACAGGUAUCUAAAUCAGAGAAGGAAAAGGCAGAUGAUGUGGAUCCUCAGGCAAGCAGUAGACAUGGUCAAUGGACAGAGGAAACUCCACCUACACAAGACAAAGUGGUGCUUCCUUCAGGAAUGGCACCAUCAUCUCAACUCAACCCUGAAGAAAGGGAACCAGUUGAACACAAUAGGAUGGAUCCACAGGAAGUCUCCAAGACUCAUAACCUGCCAGGAGAAGAAUUUGAGCACAAUGACUCAAAGAACCAACACCUGGAAGAAGAUGAACAGAUCCAAGAAGUAGCCCAGGAUAUACAAACAGCAGGAGAUAAUGGGGUCCAACAUGAGACAAACAAGGCAAUAAGAACAUCAGAACAGAUCAGCAGUCCCACAAAGAGGAAGGGACAGGAUAAGGAAAUUCCCAGGGAGGGAGAUAAACUAGCCUGGGAGGAAAGUGGCACCAAAGCGAGAAGCCAGUUGGGAGAACAAGAGCAGAACAUGGGAACCCAGAGUUCUCCAGCAGAAGAAACAGCAGAGAGACCAUCUGAAGAUAAUAAAUUUGCAACAGAAAAGAAUGUUAAGGAAAAUUCUAAAACACAAAAACCAUCCCCACAAGCAGAAAAUGAGUCCAGUUCAGAUCAUGCUGACCUGCCAGAGGACGCUGCCGAGGGUAAACCAUCUCAGACACAGAAAUCAACUGAUCCUGAGGAUGAUGGUAGAACAUCUGAGACUCGAGAACUUGGAAAAGAUAUUGACAGGAAACGAUAUGAGUCAGAGAAAUCAACUGAGUCUACAAUUGAUGAUAGAGAAUCUGAGAUCCAAGAAGUAGGAAAAUGUGGUGCUGAUAGGACACUAUCAGAGACAAGGAAUUCAGCUGAGCCCAAUGAUGAUGGUAGAACACCUGAGACUCAAGAACCACAAGCACAAGAAAAAGAACAAGAACAAAAAGCCCAAGGUGAUAGCAGAAAUAUUUCAGAAACACAUGAUGUUAUAACUGAAAGGAAACUGGGGAGAAGCUCUGAGACCCAUGAACCAGCAGAGCAGAAAGAAAAUGAGAGAAAAACUCAGACAUCAGCCCUGGAAGUCCAGACACAGAACAGGAAAUAUCACGAACUCCAGGAACCAUCAAAAGAAAGGGAUGCUGCAAAAGAGUCUGAGACACAAGAUCUAAGCUCAGAAGGAACAGAUCAGGAAGGCACAGAAGAAGUACUUGUGGACAGCAAAAAUGUCCUUGUAUCAAAAAGAAAACCAGGAACAAGGGAAAGAAUACAGGAGUCAGCACCACUUGAGAGACAGUCUGGAGGGAAAAAUAGGAGGAUCUCCAAGACUCAAGACAAGCCAAUCAAGGAGGAUGACAGUCACCAGGGGGAAGAUCCUGUGCCACCAACCACACAGAAUAAUGAAAGGUCCUCUGAAACUCCCAACAGCCUGGCUCCAGAGGAACAUGACAGCAGCUCAGAGACAGGUGACCUACCUGCACGAGGGUAUUCCCAGAAUCAGGUAGACCUACAAAGAGUGACUAUGCAAGUAGGCUGCACUAAUGACCCAGAUGUACAGAAACAAGCAGCACCAGGUGAGAAAUACAGAGCUCAGGAUGCAGUGGUGCUGGCAGCCAGAGAAGAGGUUGAGCUGCUCAGAGAGAAACAGGAACAGUCUCCCAGAGAAGAGUACAAGAGUCAGGGCUCAGUUAUCGAAGGGCCAGACCCAGAUGUUGAGCUCAAUGGACACCCAGAGGCACAGCAGUCCACAGCAGGAAGUGAAAAUGGAAAAUCUGUGGAGACUACGAUCCCAGGAGCCCUGGAUGCAGACUACAAUGACCAACUUUCUGCAGUGCAAACACUGGCAAAGGAAGAUGGCAGGAAAAAAAUGAAGGUCCAAGGCCCAGGUAUCAAAGAAGAAGAAGGUAGAGCACCAGAGACCCAGGAGACUCCAUUGCAAAGACCGGAUGAGGACAAUUCAGCCUCCUUUGAGACACAUUCUGAGACAGAGAAAACUGCAACUCCACAGAAGGAGGAUGAAAGUCCCCAGGAGCAGGCAGAAGGUGAUGACCAACAACAUCCAACCAAGAAAGGGUGUUAUUCUUCAUUCCCCCAGUCCAACCUUGAAGAGGGGAUGCAGAGGGAUCAACAGCCCUGUUCUGUGAAGAAAGGUUCAGUCCAUCCCAGCCCAUUAUACAACUAUCUGCAGAAGAAGAAUCCACAGCAAACAGACAUAACUCAAGAGGAACAUGAUCAAGUUCAGCCAGCCUGGGCAUCUGGCCCAGAGGUCAGCUCCAACCAAUCAAGGGUGCCCCUCACCAGUGAGAUCUCCAACUAUCUUGCCAUUUUUGACCACAGCCACGCAUCACCUCAGAACACCAGGCAAGUUUUAUCUGAUGAGGCUCCUGCUGACCCACAGCAGAUGUCAACUCUCCAGGUCCAGCAAGACAAGCAGGGUCACCCUCAGAGAGAGGAACCAGGGCCACAAAAGGAAGUGAGCACCACAAAGCAAUGA